UAAACAUUUGUAAAGAUAUAUUAAAUAGACAUCUAUGAUUUCAACUUAAAAAAAUGUUUUAAUGCAGGAAAGUUGAUGAAGGUGUUUUAUUUUAUGCUGCUUGAUGUAAAAUACAAACUUAUGGCAAACCAAUAUUAUACUUCAAUAUCCUUUGGGGUUUUCAUUGCUGCUCUGCUAUUGCUAUAUCAGUUAUCAUCGGAUGUUUCAGUAGAUCAAGAAAAAGAGUUGAAAAAAACAUUGAUUCAGUAUGAUUUGAUGAAAUACAAACCUUAUCUUGAUUCGAGUGGUUGCAAUUCAGUUAUAACUCUGGUCAAUGUAUGGAGUGAUCAUGACAAUUUUUUAAAAAAAUAUCCAAAUAUUGAUGUUGCUGCAGAUAUUUACAAAACAGUAAACAAAAUCAAGCAUGAUCUUAUUUUUCAUCAUUGGCUAAGAAAGAAAGAUCUUCUUGAUUCGCAAAAAAUAUUUUUUAACAAUGGCGUUGAUAGCUUAUUAAAAGCAUAUAUAGCUGAUCCUUUCCAAUUCAAUUCCCUUUUAAGCACCAAACAGUGGAAUUUAUGGAUAAGAGCCAAAGAAUCACUUUCAGGUACAGAGUUGGAUAAAGUUAUUGAAAUUCUAUGGUCAGAACUAGAAGAAGAAGCUAAGCAGCCAUGGACUACAGCUGGCAUAUUUAUCUUGUCACUCAGCGUAGCUCUAUUCACUGGCAUGGUACUAACCAUGUCCCAGCCUAGAUUGGAAGCUAAUUAUGGAAAUCAAAAGCUGGGCUUUCUCUCCUAUGUUACUGGAAAAUACUUAUCUCCGUUAAAAUGUAAAGUAGUGUUUGACUGGACUGAGCCUCAGGUUGUGGGGAAUACUAUGAGCUUUACUGUAAUGUUUUUCCAGAGAAAUGGUCAAGCAUAUCCAAUUUGCAAUGAAGACAAUGUCUUAAUCGAAAUUACUCAGGGAGCUUACAAAAUUGCUUGUAGUGUGGAACUUGGAGGUUGUCAGAUAUCUGAUGCUAAUACAGCUAGGGUACAAUUCACUGUACGGAGGGCUGGAGAAUAUCGUAUUUGUGUGCUUGUUGGAAUGACCCACAUCCAAGGAAGUCCAUUUAUAAAGAUCUUUAUACCUGGUCCUCCUGAUCCUAUGAAAACAUCCUUUAUACAUCAUAGUUCAACUGUUGUUGGUAGUGAAGAUAUACCUACACAGCUUUUUAUCGAACCUAGAGAUAAAUAUGGUAAUUUAUGUACUGUUGAUAAAGACUGUGAUCCAGCUUCAGAAUACAGUGUCGAUAUUAUAGAGGUAAAUUCAGGCCGACCCAUACCAGAUUCAUUCCGAUGGGAAUGCUAUUCAUUAAUAUCACGUUUAGUACUUGUAUUGAAAUUUCCUAGAGAAGGUUGUUACCGUGCAACUGUUUCAUACAAGGGGCAAACAAUACAGAAUGGAGAUUUCCAUGUUAUCAUAUUAAAUCAAGAAGAGUCAUUUAUGGUGCAGAAAAAUGUUGCUAAGAAGAACAAAUGCUAUGAAGUCAAAUUAUUAGCUUUAAAUGGAGAAAGAUAUCAGAAGCCUAAGAAAGUGUAUUGCUACAUAUCACCAAAGCAACUUACAUUGAAAGAAUACAUGUGGAAAUUUUUUCCUAAACACAUCAUCACUUUUCGGUUAUGUCCAUCUACGAAGUUUAAAUUUCAAAGUAAAAGAAAUAUUUUACAAGGAGAUCCUAUUCUUGUUAUUGACGAUGGUUGCCAGCAAGAAGUUGAGCUUAUUAGUCAAGAUAGAAACAUCAUUGCAGCAACUUUCACACAGUUCUUACUGAAAAAUAUAGGUGGAUCAGAAACAUUUAAAGAUAAGCAAGACUUUUUUCAACAUGAAGUUAGAAAAUUUCACCAGAAGCAUUUUCAUGAUAAAAUUUUAAUUAAAGUGAACAGAGAAAAUCUUCUAGAAUCGUCUUUUAAAGAAACCAAAGGUUUCAAUGUCAGUGACUGGUGCAAGAAUUUUGAAAUAACUUUUACUGGAGAAGAAGGUAUUGACUGGGGUGGCUUGAGGAGAGAAUGGUUUGAAUUAGUUUGCUCAGCUUUAUUUGACCCUGAAAAUUUACUCUUUCAUUCUUUUAAAUCAGACAAACAAGGUCUUGUACACCCUUGUCCUUCUUACAAAAGACCUUCUCAUUUAAAGCUAAAGUAUUAUGAAUUUGCUGGAAAAGUUGUUGGUAAAUCUCUAUAUGAGUCUUCACUAGGAAGUUCAUAUCGCCAGUUAGUGAAAGCCAAAUUUUCAAGAUCAUUUCUGGCUCAACUUAUUGGUUUAAGUGUGCAUUAUAAGUACUUCGAACAUGAUGAUCCUGAACUCUAUGUCAGUAAAGUUAAAUACAUUUUGGAAAAUGAUGUUGAAAGCAUGUCAUUUGGAAUAUGUUUUACAGAAGAAGUUUAUGAUGCAUCUGGACAACUUUUAGAAGAAGUUGAGUUAAUUCCUAAUGGAUCGACAAUACCCGUCACCAAUGCGAACAAAAUUCAAUAUCUAAAUGCCCUAGCUCAAUACAGACUUACUACAAGUGUCAAAUCAGAAAUUGAACAUUUUCUUAAAGGGUUGACUGAAAUAAUCCCAGAUAACCUAUUGUGCAUCUUUGAUGAAAAUGAAUUAGAGUUGCUUAUGUGUGGCACUGGAUCAUAUUGCAUCGCUGAUUUCAAAGCGAAUCAUGCUUUGAGUGGAGCUACAUAUGAGUUCAGAAAGGUUUUAGAAUGGUUUUGGAUUGCAGUGUCUAAUUUUACUGAAGAAGAAAUGGCAAGAUUACUUCAGUUCACAACAGGCUGUUCUCAAUUGCCUCCUGGUGGAUUUGCAGAAUUAAAUCCAAAAUUUCACAUUUCUGCUGCACAAACUUUUGGGAAUUUGCCUACAGCACAUACUUGUUUCAAUCAGUUGUGUUUACCUGAUUAUGAUUCGUAUGAGCAGUUUGAAAAAGCUUUAAGACUGGCAAUCAGUGAAGGUUCUGAAGGUUUUGGUAUGGUUUGAAAAAAAUGCAUCUUGAUUACAAAAUGAGAUGUUUUUUGUUUGUUUGUUUUUAAAUGUAUUGUCAUAUGUACCAGAAAACUUGUGCUCUAGAUUAUUAAAUGUGAGCUAUGUGUGAUUAGUUACUCUUCCAUCUUUCAAACAAAAUUUAUUUUUUUAUUCAUACAUAGUUUUUUUAAACUUUUUAAAUAGUUGCUUAUUUUCCUUUUUAUUUUUGGUGAUCAAAUUACUUCUUAUUUCACACUGUAAUAAAUAGUGAUUAAUUGGUUUUACCUUUGAUGUAGGUACAUAGUCGGUAUAUAGGCUAUAGAUAUUGCAUGGUAGUUUUCUGGUGCAGUGUGCAUUUUUAGCUGAUAUGAGUAAUUAUUAAUACAGGGUGUUCAGGUUAAAAGUAUCCGGAAGUUAUGGCACUGUUACAGAAUUGUCCAUUAGAAUUUUAAAAAAUUAUUUAAAUAAAAAGAAUAUCUCAGCAAGUUUUAAUAUCCAUAGAUUUUGAUAUGUGCACAUUUUGUAGCACAACAAAUAUUUAAACGGUUAUCCAGUUUUCUGCAAGUGUUUCGUAUUAUAUCAGGAGAUGCUUGAAUGUUGCUCUUUUUCAAUUUAUCCACAAUUUUAAAUCUUUGUUUAUACACAAUGUAUUUAAUGAUUGCUCCAACAACAAAAAAUAAUUAAGGAACUGAAAUCCAGAUAGAUACCAUGGCAGCCUGGCAACUGAACCUCCCUUUCCAAUCAAACAGGUUGGAAAUGCAUAUUCAAAAAUGCAAUAACAUAAAUGAGGUGGAAUGCUAUCCUGUUGGAACAGGUAACCCAAUGGUAUUUAUGGAACAGCAGAGUUUUCAAGCAUAACAAGAUAAAUGAAUUCCUGUAACAAUGCCCUCUACAACAAAAAAUAAAUCAAUGAUCCAUCUAUAUGCAUUCUUAAUCACACACUGACUUCAGAUUUACCCAUUUCUCUGUUCGAGCAGUUGAUGAAGGUUUUUAUUUGCAUGUGUGGCUGAGCAGCCAAGUCCUAAAAAGUCUUGGAGGGCUUUACAGUCCAUGAAGGAGCAGUCUAUUAUAUUCCAGAGGGUAGUUCUGUAAUAAUAAGCUAUAACUUUUGGAUACUUUUAACCUGGAUGCUCGGUAUAUUGUUGCAUUGUAAAUGAUAAUGCUGAAAUGUUCUGUUUAGGGGCCAUAUAAAUCUGUAAAUGAAUGUUGAUGUGAAAACUGCAUUUUGUGUGUAUGUGUGUUUCUAAAUGCUUUUUGUCUCUGAUUGAAUGAUCUCAGGUGUUGAACUAAGUUUAGAAUCAUUUGUAGUUGUUUAUGUGUAUAAAAAAUUAUUCUGUUAUUUCAAAGUAAUUAGACUCUAGUCAUUAUUUUCUGCUUUUAUUAUAAUAUUUCUGCUCUGAUAUUUUUAUUGUAUUAAAAAUAUAUUUCAAUUUAAUUGUACUUAUAUCAUAAGAUGAAAUAUUUGUACUUAUAUUAUUUAUGACAGCAAUAUAGGGAUUUUUUUUUUUCACUAAAUAAAAAUUUGAAAUUGGACAUGCUUUAGAGCAUUGCCAAUUUGAUUUUCUAUCAGAUACUCUUAAUGAAAACUGUUUAUAAAUACAAAUUUUUGUCAUCAUUAUGAAAACAUUUAUUUAAGACAGAAAAUGCAUUCUAUUGCUGCUCUCUAUUUUAUAAUGUCAUAUAUAUAUAAUAUAUAUACACACACAUAAGAUAUUCAGUAUAAUCAUGUUCCAAAUGAUAGUUUCUAACUGUUAGGCAUAUACUUUGAUUUGGAAAAAUGCUUCUGUAUUUUACAUACUCAAAAAAAUAUCAUAAAAUCUACAUUCUCCCCAGAUAUUAAUUUAAUGAUUUUUUUUUUAUUUAUUUUUUUUUUACAUAGUAACAUUUUAAACAAAAAGAAAAUGUAUUCCACUCUUCUGAAGAAAUUCAAAUUAUGAAGCUUUAAUUUCAUAAUUUUAGACUAAUUAAUAUCUUCCUUGAUGACUUCUACUUCUUGAAGUACUUGAGGCAACUGUUGAUUGAUAAACUUUCUCAGGGUAGCCAUAGAAAUGAUUUAAAAUAAUGAUAUUCAAAGCUUCUGAUCUCAACUAGUUUUAAUCACCGAACAGUGACACUUUUUUUUUUCAUCUAAAGUACUAUUAUACAAAGAAUAUUUAAUAAAGGUGAUUAAUAGGAGGAGAAGAAGAUGAUAUAAAAAUUUAGAUAUACUGUAAUUUUUCUGAAAUUUAUAUAUUGACUCACAAUAACAUAAAAUAUAAUUCUUUAAUUCAUUUAGAAAGUUUUUUUAACUGAAAUACUUGCCUAUCUCUUACAGUUUAGAAACUAACUAUUGGACCACACUUAGAGUGGACAUCUUGUAAAUACUAAACAAAAUUAUUAUAAAACUGUUUCAAUAAUUAAGAAAAGAAAAACAAGAUAAGAUAUCAUUCCUAUUUUCGUUGUUUCCUCAUUGCUAAUUAUGAAUUAAGAACCAUUUAUUAGCUGUGUAAUAAAUAGUCAUGUAUAACUGGCCUAAAAAUUUAAAUAAUUAGAAAAUUGGAAAAGGCAUAUUUGGAAAUAAUGUGAUUCAGUAUAUAACUAAGAAUUCAAUACUAACUGAGCAUUUAGUACUGUGAUACUUGGACUUGUGAAUUAUCUUUUACCCUGUUAUUAAAUAACAUAUAUUCAGAUAUUCUAUGCAGAAAAUUGUAAUAAGUUGUUCUUACUUGAUAAUUUUGGAUUUAAAAGAUAAUUUCUUGCAGAUGAUAUUACAUUAAAAAAGGAUUUAUGACUAAUAUUAUUAGAAAUUUAUAUGAAAAGAAAUUAGAAAAUAAAUAUAAAGUAUUAUUAUUAAAAAUAGAUGUAAAAAGGUU